CUCCAAGACGACCAUACCGACGACCUCUUCCACCCAUGGUCACGACCAACACCAUGUCCUCCCUCCUUGAGAUCUCGCACGAGCUUCUCCACAUAAUCUUCGCGGAAACCUCGCCAGCCGACCUCGCUGCUCUGUCGGCGUCGUGUCGAACGUUGCAUAGCUAUGUGCGGAGCAAUCGACUGCUGCAUAAGGACUUGUAUGUGAGGUUCUACGAUGAGCCGAGACAACGACUUACACCGACAUUUUCGACUGCUGCGACUUCAUCAACACCCACAAAUUCCGCCGCGGAGGCAAGUUCGUCGUGUGAGUCGACACCGAGAGAGAAAGAGCCGGACUGGGAGGAGGAGUUGCACAAAUUGGUGCGGAUGGAUAAGAUUCUGAACUCGACAGACAUCGCGGCAAAGAGGGAGAACUUGGGGUUCGUGGCGGAGCAGAUUGAGCAUUUGGUGCAGACGGCUUCGACAACGGAUCCGGAGUCAAGUCAGAACCUCGCUUUGCUUCGAAGGGUGUUCCAGAAUGAUGCCAAUAUCGACACGUUCCUCUGCUCUUCCUCGCUCUUCGCGAGGGCGGGAAAUGAUCAACAGCAACCGGCUGAGACGGAAGAGAUGAGGCAGGCGAGUGCAAAGUUGCAUUGCUACUAUGGUGUGCCGAUCGAUUCCACCCGCUCCGCCGUCCUCAAACCCCGCCUCACCCACCCCUUCGCCCGCUCAAAAGUCUACGACCUCCGCGAAUACACCCUUCAAACUCUCUGGGGCCCUUUCCGCGCCGACGGCUCCGGACGCGUAGACUGGGAGAAAGUCGAAGCCAUCAUGAUCGUGUUGGGGUAUAAUCUCAACAAGUUCGCGGGCCGGUCGGAGGGGAGAUUCCAAGUAGCGUGGAACCAACCCUUCGAUGGAGCAACGGCUGGAUCUUUCAGGUCGCCGCCGAAGGAGCCGGAGUUGAAGCGAGUGAGGGAGUUGGCGUUGGGAUUGGAUGCUCAAGAUCCGUUCGGAGUGAGUGGAAGUUGGAUGAGGGUGGUGUGUUUCUUGGACUACAAUGAUUUGUAUUCGUUCAAUUUCACCGAGAGGAUCCCUGAAGGGCAGGCGAGGGACGGGAUUGAGACGGAAGAAGCCAUCCGACUAAUCCGCAUCAAGCUCCAAGUAACACGUAUCGACCCGCCUGGGAGCGACGGUCUCGACUGGUCCAAUUUUACCGGCACCCGUCUACCAGUCGUGCACUUCCGCGGCACCUCACGCAGCCUCCACGCUUCUUGGGAUCCCAAUGCCAAUUCUCGCAUUCGCGGCACGGUGCGUCAGACACCCGAGGGGGAGAUCCGAUGGACGACUUUCUCGAUCUUCCAUGGAGAGGAGAGGUGGAGGAGUGAGGGGAUUCAGGUCGGUGGGAGGGGGAGUAAGAGAGGCGUUCUGGGGAAUUGGUUUGAUAAGGAUUAUGAUAUGCAUGGUCCUGCGGGCCCGACUGCGUUUUGGAAGGAGAGCGAUGAGGUUGGAGAGGAGAAGGGGGCUGCGGGAGCUGCUGGGGGGCCGUUGAGUUGGUUUUGA